UUCACUCAACUUUGCCGUUACCUUAGCUGGCGAGGAAGCUGCAAUGGAAGUGAUGAACAGAGUUGUGGCCAUAAGACAUCAUAUUGAUGAGUUCCCAGUUGAGUCCGACUUUGAGCUCAAAUCUGAAGCUCUUAUUGUGUCGGUGAAACCUGGUUGUGAUGAUAUUGUUGUCAAGAAUCUUUAUGUUUCGAUCGAUCCAUAUCAGAUCAACCGUAUGAAGAGCCAUAGCUCUUCACAGAAGACUUCAUCUUUUGCAACUUCCAUCAAGCCCGCCCAGCCCAUCGACGCAUAUGGAGUGGGAGAAGUCUUGGCCUCCGGGAACGCUGAUUUUACGAAGGGCGACUUGGUGGCAGGGCUCUUGCAUUGGGCAGAGUACAGUAUAGUGGAAGCCCAGACGAGCUUGCUUCGAAAAAUUGACUCUAUGGGGCUUCCAUUAACUAACCAUCUUGGAAUUCUGGGAUUCAGUGGGCUGACUGCAUACGCUGGCUUGUUCGAAGUAGCAAAGGUUAAGGAGGGAGAGACAGUGUUUGUGUCGGCUGCCUCUGGGUCUGUCGGGAGUUUGGCCGGACAGUUGGCAAAGCUGCAUGGCUGCUACGUUGUCGGCAGUGCUGGUUCGGAUGAAAAGGUGGCGUUGCUGAAAGAGAAGCUUGGAUUUGAUGAAGCAUUCAAUUACAAGCAAGAAAAGGACUUGACAUCAACCUUAGAGAGGUACUUUCCAGAUGGAAUAGACGUUUAUUUUGACAACGUGGGAGGCGAAAUGCUAGAAGCAGCAGUGGCGAACUUGAAGGCGUUUGGAAGAGUAGCGCUUUGUGGGGUCAUUUCGGAGUAUACAAGUUCCAAAAAGGCUGCGCCAAAGAUGCUUGAUUUGGUGUACAAACGAAUCAAAGUUGAAGGGUUUCUAGCUGGAGAUUUCUUGAAUGUGUACUCAGAUUUCAUCGCAAUGGCCUCUCAGUACCUUGGUUCUGGCAAGAUUGAAUCACUGGAAGAUGUAUCCAUUGGGGUCGACACCAUUCCCUCUGCUUUCAUUGGGCUGUUUAAGGGUGAUAAUAUUGGAAAGAAGAUGGUCAAAUUAGCAGUGUGACAGAAUAAUAAUGAUUACAAUAAUAAUAAGUGAACCAAUUGGUGUUGUAUGUUUUUUUUUUGGUA